CUUACCAAACCCCCUGUCAAAAUGUUUUUGUGUCCCAGAGGCAGCGACAGACGCAGCUUUUGCCUCUGCUAAGCCUGCCAUGUAGCCUGCAGGCGCUGGACGGAGCAAUACGGGAUAUUUCUCUGGAUCUUGCGGUUUAGGAGCUAGUGUGGUUUGCGGGAUCCGGUGACCGCAGGGGCGGACUGGACAGCAUGCUCCGGCCGUGGGCUGUGCAGUGGAUCACGGCUGUGCUCCUCUGUCGGGCGGCGGCACAGUACUCCAGUGACCAGUGUAGCUGGCGAGGAAGUGGUCUGAGCCAUGAGUCCCAUCGCCGAGACGUGGAGCAGGUCUACCUACGUUGUUCCCAGGGCUCUCUGAAGUGGCUCUACCCCACAGGGGCCAUCAUUAUCAACCUACGUCCAAACACAGAACCUUCAUCAGGACACAUGGCAGGUCUCCAUGUGUGCAUCAAACCCCAUACUUACUCCCAGGGUUCUCAUGUGUAUCUGGAGCGAGCUGGAGAUCUGAGGCUUCUGCUGGCAGAGGAGGAGCAGGCUCAGGGCAGAGUGCACUGUUUCAGCCUGGCAGAGGGGGCUCUGUUUGUGGAGGCCGUCCCACAGAAGGACAUCAGCCGGAGGAUCACCGCCUUCCAAUAUGAGCUUGUGCCCAGCCAGGGGCCAGGGGCACAUAUGUACCCAUACCUGCACCCUGGUUUAGACACCUGUGAACCCUGUUCAGAUGAAGAGGUCCUCAUGGCUGUGUGCACCAGUGACUUUGCGGGCAGAGGCAUCUUUCAAAGAGUAGUGUUGAAUGUGAACGACCGCUCCCAGGUUGUGGUGACUCUGAGCAGGCUGUUCCACCAGAAGAGCAGGAUGUUUGCUUGGGGUGGAGUCAGAGGGCGGAGCUGGAGUGGACGGGUCAAUAUUCCCGCACAGUGUGGUGUACAUCCAGGAGAGGAUGAGUACCUUUUGACUGGCUAUGUCCAUUUUGGUGAAGCCUGGCUUGGCUGCACACCUCGCUACAAGGACUUCCUGAAGCUGUACAUGAAAGCACAGAGAAUGGGAACAAACCCCUGUCAAAUAGACACAGACUGACAGAACUCCUCAUGGUUCUGGGUAAAAAAGGUGAAGCAUUAUCAAAAAGUCAGCGAGGAAGACACAAAGAAGAACAGGCUGAAAUUUGGAAGAUGGAGCUACAUUAUUUUGAGCCCAUCAUAGAGAUAAGCAGCGUUCCGGAUCCCUGGCCAUCAUUACAGGCUACUUCUGCACACUCUUUUGAAUGCUGUGCAACUUUUUGCUGCCCGGCAGCAGAAAUAACAGUUCGAACAAUUUAGUAGCCAACGUGCUUCCUAAACUGUUAUGUUUAGAAGUACCCAUUUGACUGUACUUGUAUACUGUGUGUGUAAAUUUGUUUGUGCAUGAAUGAGACAGCAAAUGAAUGAAAGAUGAGCUUAAAUUAAUUUUGUGCCUGACUGGUUGAAGGUUUUAUUCUCAUGAUGAUACUGCUUGCGUGGUCAUUCUUGAAAUGAAAGUUUGCUUUGUAAAAAGCUUUCUGUAAAAUUUAGGAGUCUUCUGACAGAAGUGUACAGUAUGCAGCUCUGUGAGUCUUUAUGUACUAAAGUGUGCGUGUUUUGCUAAUGAGUUCAAAAGGUCUUUAUAUUUACAGAA